CAUGAAUUCUGAACCAAAAGUAAAUGGAAAUUCGAUAAAAAAAAUUUCUAAAAGAGACGACUAUUUAGAAUGGUCCGAGUACUUUAUGGCAAUAAGCUUCUUAUCAGCCCAAAGAAGUAAGGAUCCGUCAUCGCAAGUUGGGGCAUGUAUCGUUAACGAUGAGAACAAAAUAGUCGGUAUUGGUUAUAAUGGAAUGCCAAAUAGAUGCAGUGAUGACGAACUACCUUGGAAUAGGAUUGCAGAAGAUACUUUAGACACGAAAUAUCCAUACGGUUUAGAUUAUUUGACUUUUUAA